AUGCUAGAACAAGAAGGGCCUAUGCACAGUAUUGACAGAGACAUGGCCUACUCGAUUCAGAGGGAGUGGUUGAAGAACUUGGAAGUGCUUCAAUCUGAGCCUGUUGUAAACACAGCUGAUUUGGCAGAGCUCCAGGAACGGGACGAAUCCUUUGAAGACUCGCAUUCUGAUCUUUUGUCUGAGGAGGAUCGCCUGGAUCGGCUUGAGAGGCAGAUCGGGGUGUACAUGGUAUGUUUCUUUACAAAAGUAACAAAGACCAAGACAAAAUGGAAGUGCAGCUUUAAAAAUGGAUUUAUAAAUUUGGACAACUAUGACAUUCCGUACAGCACAGCAACUGGCGAGUUUCUACAAUGGUGA